UCCACCCAUACAUAACCCUGAACAAGUCAACAGAGGAACAUCAUGCAGACAAUGAAAGAUUGGCUGGUCUGAUUCUGAAUGGUUGGAGAGAAUGGAAAAACGACACAGUAGGGUGAGCAAGACGAUAUCGAGGAUAUCAUAUCUCUCACCGUAAAAUUGACCGUUUGUUUUCCCCUCGAGCUUAGGAUAUCGUAUUCUAGAAAUCAGUCAACCCAUCUCAGGGUUAACCUUGCCCCCUCGACAGUCAGUGUCAGUGCCAACCAAACUCUCAAAAUGCAACCUUUCCGUUUUCCCACUCCCUCCGCCCUGACCCCCUUCCUCAGACCUCCUCUUCAACCCUUUUCUUCAAAAUCCCAACACAUCACUCGUUUCCUUUCAGUCCCUCUAUUAUUUCCUCACCUCCCUUCACCCAUUUCUCUCUCUCGUCCCAUCCACACCACCACCACCCCCGUGAAUCGAAAAAUGUCAUACUCCUCCGACGAAGACCAACCCGACCCCGAGCUCCUCGAGCUCCUGCGUCAACACCUCAACGGCAACCAGUCCUCCCACACCGCCGCCGAGACGGGCGUUUUGGAGUCUGCCGAGUUCGUCUACAACCACGCCAUUGACGUGGCCCUAGACAUGCGCGGGUGCAAAAAGGCCGCCAACACCAUCUGGGACCAGAUGCAGCAGCGGGAGUACUCGCCCGCCACUUGGUCGACGCACGCGCUCCACCCCAAGGAGAAGAACGAGGAGACGGUCAAGUUCAUCUUCACCAUGGAUCUGCUCAACUUUUCGUUUUGGAGCGAGAAGAGCGAGGAAGACCGGUUCCAGGUGGAGUACAGAGGAAAGAGGUGGACGGGGUACUGGAGUUUGGUGGCGGCGUUGCAGCGGGGGUUAGAGGAAGGAAUCCCCAUCACCGAUCCCGCAUUCUGGAUCAAUGACGAAAAAUUCACCCCGGACGUCCUCCGCACCGUCUUCCGGUCCGCCACAGACGAGGAGAUCCCCCUCCUCCAAGAACGAUUCGACUGUCUCCGUGAAGCCGGCCAAGUCCUCCACGAGAAAUACGAUGGUUCUGUCCUGGACCUCAUCGACGAAGCAAACGGUUCAGCCGCAGCCCUCGUCAACCUCCUUGCCUCCGAUUUCCCUUGCUUCGCUGACAUCCACCCCUACCCCGGCCGGCGCCAACCCAUCCGCAUCCUCAAGCGCGCACAAAUCUUUGUCGCUGACUUGUGGGCCUGUUUCGAAGGCCAAAGCUAUGGAUCCUUUGCGGACAUUGACAAAAUCACCAUGUUUGCCGACUACCGCGUCCCGCAAAUGCUGUGGCAGCUUGGCUGCCUCUUGUACGGUCCCACGCUGGAGACGGCGGUGCGCGAGAAGAAGAUGAUUGAGCAUGGUGGCGAGUGGGAGAUGCAGUUGAGGGCCUGCAGUAUCUGGUGCGUGGAGCUGAUUAGGAGGGAGAUUAUCAGGGAGCAUCCGGACGCCAAAGGAAAAGUGAAUGCGGUCUUGAUUGAUUUCUUUUUGUAUGAUGCUGUCAAGGAGUUGGAGAAGGAGGGUGGGGAGAGGAUUCCGCAUCAUAGAACGAGGAGUAUUUGGUAUUAGAGGAGGGUGUGGUGGUUUUGGUUCGGGAUUGUGCUGAAGGGCUGAACUGGAUAUAGUUUGGCAUCGGAGAUAUCGUGAGAAAAGGAAAGGGGAAACCGCAAAGAGAAAGAAAAUAGAUCAAACUGGGCGAGGACGCAUACACCUAGAUUUCUUUCAGAAUAUCGAUCCUAAAGAAAAGACAAGUUAUAAAAUACUUUGCGCAUCGAUGACACGUUAUAGAGGUAGCUUCGAUGCGAUGCAAAAUCCGACCC